AUACAUACAUACAUACAUACAUGAUGUAUCUAUCACCACAUCACACCCCACCCACACACACGCAUACCAACCCACCACUCUAUAAAUACGCCUUCACUCCUCUGCUACACCCUCUCCACUUUCAUUUCUACCAACUCAGGAAGGACUCACAAUGGGCCAGAAGAAGGGAAACAACGGAGGCGAGAAGAACAACAACAACGGCGGUGAAGGAGAGAAGAAGGGCGGUGAUGGUAUAAUCACUGUGGUUUUGAAGAUGGACAUGCAUUGCGAGGGUUGUGCUUCUAAGAUGAAGAAGUGCGUUUGCCGCUUUGAAGGUGUUGAAUCCGUGAAAGGAGACUGUGUGUCUAACAAACUGACGGUGAUCGGGAAAGUAGAUCCGGUGAAGCUCCGAGAAAUGGUUGAGCAGAAGGCGAAGAAGAAGGUCGAACUCGUCUCUCCUUUGCCGAAGAAGGACAACAAGAAAGGCGGUGGCGGUGGCGGUGGCGGUGGAGGAGGAGGAGGAGCAGGAGGAGAGCAGAAGGGCGAAGGAAAACCAGAGAAAAAGGCAGAUGACAAGAAAACCAAAGACAAAGAGCCUCCGGUGACCACCGCGGUGAUGAAGGUGGAUCUGCACUGCCAGGGAUGCAUCAAGAAAAUCCAAAAAACCAUCACGAAGACCAAAGGAUAUCAUGAAAUGUCCAUUGAUAAUCAGAAGAAUCUGAUCACCGUGAAAGGGACAAUGGACAUGAAGGCUCUAGCAGAUGCACUGAAGCAGAGGCUGAAGAAACCGGUGGAGAUUGUCCCGCCCAAGAAAGAAGGAGGCGGCGAUAAGAAAGAGAAAGGAGGAGGCGGCGGCGGCGGCGGCGAGGGGGAAAAGGGCAAGAAGGGUGGUGGUGGUGAGGGUGGCGGAAAUGGAAAUGGUGGAGGGGGGCAGGGAGAGCAAAAUAUAAUCCAGCAUGUGAUGCAUCAGAAUCCAUACAUGAAUGGGUACGGGUCGGGUUAUCCGAUAGAUCCCUACCCGUACCAUCAUGUUCAAGCUCCGAUGGGUCAGUACCCAUACCAGCAAGUUCAAGCUCCGAUGGGUCAGUACCCAUACCAGCAAGUUCAAGCUCCGAUGGAUCACUACCCAUACCAGCAUGUUCAAGCUCCGAUGGAUCACUACCCAUACCAGGUUGUUCAAGCUCCACAAAUGUUCAGUGAUGAGAACCCUAACGCGUGCUCUGUUAUGUGAGGGAGGAAUAUGAAAAAUAUGAUCAGUGAUAGGAAUUAUGGAACUUAGUUUAUGUCAGUCAGUAUAUUAUUUGAAGAAAAAGGAGAAAGAUGUAAAUAACAUCACACGGAUGUUUUGUAAGUGGUUGGUGAAUUGUGGGGUUCAGUUAUGGUUCAGUUCUUAGUUAUUGAAUUUUAAAAACAUGUGGGGUCUAUUUUGUUUAAAACUUUUCAUUUUAUAAUAUUGCAGUUAAGUGUUUUGCA